AAGAAGACGAAAUACUAGGGAACUUGUUUUAAACCCACUGAUAUAUGAAAAAUCGCAGUAUUUGAAUGAUUGAGUAGUCGAGUACGAAUAGUACUGUUACUUGUUCAGCCCAGCCGUGGUAACUUUACUUGCUGUAAUAAUGCCUAUAAUUUCAAGUUUAAAAAAAUGGGCUACUGGGCUUGGUGCGUUAGGAGGUGCGACGUUAUUUUAUUGGAAUAUGUAUGGCAACAGUAACAAAGAAUUUCUACAGGUGCACAAUUCCUGGACAACAAACGUAACCCCCUCGGUUAAGUGGGAUCAUAAUUGGGAUAGAAGAGAUCCAAAAAGUUUAGUGAAGCCGAUGAAAAUAAAAAGCGAAUCAGAUGAAAAUGUAUACAAUAAUGAAAUAUCAACAAAAAAAGCUAAAGCCAUUCGUCAUAUACUUUUAAUUCGUCAUGGACAAUAUAAUAUUGAGGGCAAAACAGAUUCUGAUAGAACACUUACAGAUCUCGGUAGAAGACAGGCUGAGGCAACAGGAAAAAGAUUACAAGAGUUAGGUUUUCCAUAUACUCAGAUUGUAAGAUCCACAAUGACUCGAGCUCAAGAAACUUCUAAAAUUAUAGAAGGAAGUAUUAGAAAUGUAGCUGUAAAAGAUGAUUCGAUCCUUACUGAAGGUGCACCCAUACCACCUGAACCACCAAUUGGUCAUUGGAAGUCAGAAAUACAUUUUUACGAAGAUGGACCCAGGAUAGAAGCUGCAUUUAGAAAAUAUUUUCAUCGUGCCGAUCCCAGCCAAGAAAAAGAUUCUUACACCAUUAUUGUUUGUCAUGCAAAUGUUAUUAGAUAUUUUGUAUGCAGAGCAUUGCAAUUUCCACCCGAAGGUUGGAUGCGUCUAUGUUUAAAUCAUGCAAGUAUUACAUGGAUAUCUGUUUAUCCUAGUGGCAAAGUAACAUUAUUAACUUAUGGUGAUACCGGACAUAUGAAGCCACAGUUAAUUUCGUCUAGGUAAAAUAAAAAUUUGUAUAAAACGAACAUUUAUAUUGUUUAAUUUUAAUAUCGUUUAGAGAGUAAGCAAUGUAAAAAUAGUAUACUUUUAUUUAUUCGUAUAAGUCACAAAAAUAGUAAUACUAUAUUUUAUAAAA